UUUGUGAAAAUGGCGGCGUUCACAGGAGAGCACUGGAGAAGCGAGCUUCCAGGCCAUGAAAUCUUUAUUAAAUUACGAGAGAAGCUUCAUUUAGAACCUCAAGCAAGUGGUAGAAGACUUGCCAAAAACCUUACAUUUUGCUUGAAUGGAGAUUUAUUCGUAUGGGACGAUGAUGAUAGUGUAUUUUACACAACCAACCUGAGACAACUGAACCCAGAAGAGCGAGAUAAUUCAGCAUACCAGACACUGCUGUGCAUCAACCCGCCGAGGUUCGAAGUGUGCGAGGUGAUGCUUAGCCCCACCCAGUACCACGUCGCUCUGAUCGGCCACCGUGGCGCCACCGUCCUGGAACUGCCACAGCGCUGGGGCAAGAAGUCCGAGUUCGAGGGUGGUCGCAGCCAGAUCAACUGCAAGACCAUCCCCGUGGCAGAGCGCUUCUUCACCAGCUCCACGUCCGUGACCCUCCGGCAGGCGGCCUGGUACCCCAGCGAGACGGAGGAGCCCCACCUGGUCCUGCUCACUUCUGAUAACACCCUGAGGUUCUACAGCCUUAAGGAGCCACACACACCAGACCGGGUGCUCUCUGUAUCCCAGUCAGAGGAGGAUGGUACUAUUCACACACGAGGCCGCUCCUACGCCGCAUCCCUCGGGGAGAUCGCCGUGGCGUUCGACUUCGGGCCCCCGGCAGGGGCCCCGCGGCAGCUCACAGGCCAGCGCAAGAAGGAAGAGGUGCUGGCGUACCCCCUCUACAUCCUGUACGAGAACGGAGAGACCUACCUGAUCUACACCAGCCUGGCGCACAGCGGUGGAACUCUAGGGAAGCUGCUAGGUCCGUUACCCAUGUAUCCCGCCGCUGAGGAUAACUAUGGCUACGACGCAUGCGCUGUACUCUGCCUGCCCUCCGUGCCCAACAUCCUGGUCAUCGCCACGGAGACGGGCACACUAUACCACUGCGUCGUGCUGGAGGCGGAGGAAGAGGAGGAGUCUGGAGCUGUGGAGAGGUGGACGCGUGGCUCCGAGGCCGUGCCUUCGUUGUACGUGUUUGAGUGUGUGGAGCUGGAACUAACCCUCAAACUGGCCACUGGGGAGGAGGAGGAGCCUGCGGAGUCUGACUUCACCUGUCCAAUCAGAUUGCACCGAGACCCCUUGUGCCAGCAUCGAUACCACUGCACACAUGAAGCGGGGGUGCACAGCGUGGGCCUCCCCUGGUUCAACAAACUGCACAACUUCCUUCAGUCUGAUGAGGAAGAUAAGGAUAGCUUUCAGGAGUUGGCAGCUGAACAGCGUUGCAUUGUGGAGCACAUCCUUUGCACCAGGCCACUUAGCAGCAGCUUGUCGGCUCCAGUGCGUGGGUUCUGGAUCGUGUCGGACCUGUCUCUGGGAGCUACAAUGAUCUGCGUCACCAGCACCUACGAAUGCCUCCUGCUCCCUUUGCUGAGUUCGAUCCGCCCACCUUCCCCUCCCCUACUGUGUUCCCACCCAGGGGUGGGGCCUGGAAGCUCUCCCCUGCGUGGACUGACCAAUGACCCGUUUGAGCAGCAUAUCCGGAACAUUCUGGCACGCAGCUCAACGAAUCCACUCCUUCUGAGGGCGGGGGAGAAGGACACGUCCUCGCCUCCUCCAGCAGAAUGCCUGCAGCUCUUGAGCAGGGCCACGCAGGUGUUUCGAGAAGAGUACAUCCUCAAACAGGACCUGGCCCGCGAGGAAAUGCAAAGGAGGGUAAAACUCUUGAAUGGGCAAAAGAAGAAGCAGCUUGAUGACCUUGCUCUGUGCAGAGAGGAGAGGAAAAGUCUACGAGAGUCCGCAGAACGCCUGGCUGAUAAGUACGAAGACGCCAAAUAUCGGCAAGAAGCCAUCAUGAACAGGGUGAAGCGGGUUCUGGGCAGCCUGCGUAGCCAGCUGCCCGUGCUGUCGGACAGCGAGAAGGACAUGAGGAAGGAGCUGCAGACCAUUAACGACCAGUUGCGUCACCUGGGCAACGGCAUUAAACAGGUUAAUAUGAAGAUGGAGUAUCAGAAGAAGCAGAUGGAGAAAGGAGUGUCCCCGGCUAAGGCCAGUAUCGCCCUUAGCGCCCAUCAGAAGAAGUGUGUCCAAGGGGUCCUUAAAGAACAGGGCGAGCACAUCGCUGACAUGAUGAAGCAAAUCAAGGACAUCAAGAACCAUUUCAGCUUCUGAGAAGCACAGUAUCACAAUUCCGCAGAAAUGCCACCCCCUUAUUUCACACCCAAAUGGGGGGGCUGGCAGGGAGCUUGCUCUUCUCAGACAUGAAGUCAGCAGAAAAAUCCGCUUUCCUCUUGUCAUUUUAUCCAAUUGGACAAGUGAAUUUGACUUGGUGUUAUUCUUUUUACUAAUAUUACUUUUGAUCCUGCGAGACACACGAUUACAUUUUAGCGAUUCCUUUUUUUGUGGUAAGUUCUGGUGAACAGCUUGGUUAUGUUUCAUUAGGUUUGCUCUUCAUAUUUUAGUGUAGUGCAAUAUGGGGGGCAAAUAUGACCACCUUAGAAUGUUUUUGUAUAACUACAUCUUAUCAAGGUUUUAUACAAGUGCAUAAUGUAUAUUUAUCUCGCUGUGGAAUAAAGUUCAUGUUUUGUA